AGUAAAAUGAAAUGAAUCAGUAUCAGUGUCACUGGUUAUAGGUGGUGGUUGGUGGUGGUUCUGAAAUAUUUGAUAUAGUGAUGGCGCAAGGAUGUGUUUUUAACAAUUAACGUGAUAUUAAUAGCAAUAAGGACAGCACUGAAUUUAUUUAGGGUAAUUUAAAUACUUGAGACUGAAAAUUUUCCAAAAAUAUUCCCAGUUAAAAUGUACAAAGUGUAUAAAAUUUAAAUUCUCGAUAUUGGAUUCCGAUUUCUGAAAAUGUAGAGUGAUGUGGUUUUCUAUUAUUUCAAUGAAUGGGUGUUUAAAAUAUUAUAACAUUAUACCAAGGACAUGUACAUAAUAAGUAAUCGUCACUCAAGGCAUUUGUCGAUUUCUUCGAGCUUAGGAUUAUGGACUUCAAGUGGCGAUGAGCACUUGACCACGCGAUGGAGAAUAGAGAAGGAUGGAGCGGCGAGGCGGGCGCGGCCUACAAUGGCACGGACCGGGCACAGGCCGAGCGGGACCGUGUGCGCAUCGAGUUCUACGCCACGUACGACGUCAUGACGGGCGUGCGCAUAGCCGCCACGCUGGGCGGCUUCUUCGCGCUCAUGGUUUUCCUAAUCGUUUACAAGAGCCGGAGCAAAUCCGUGAAGGCACUGAACGAUCCUAAGAUAGUAGAGCUCGCGGAGGCAGUGGUGGCCGAGGAGCAGGCAGUGGAGGAGGAGCGACAGCUGACGAUUGCGCUCGAAGAAGCGCUGUGUGAGCGCGCGCGCUCGCGGCCCUCCAUCGGCGAGGAGCCAUGGCCGCCCUGGCCGCGACGAGGGCGCUUCGCCUCCUACGGCGGCGGCUACGGCAGUCUGCUGACGCCGCCGCGCCGUCUAUCCGGCCUGCGAGGCGACUCACUGCCGAGCUCGGCAUUGCGCGUGGCAGAGAGACGUGCGUCGGCGGCGUGCGCCCGCGAUCGCCGCCUCAGUUCGGCUACCUGCUCGAGCUCAGGCAGCUCGUACCUGGAGCGGCGCGGCUCCUCAGUGGUAUGCUCGCUACCCGAUCGACGGCUGUCGCCGUGCCCCAGCGAGCGUCUGGCGCCGCUGGCGUCCGCGGGCAGUGUCGGUCCGUCGUUCGCGAUGGACGCGGACUCAGCAUCAGUGGGGCCGGAUUCAGUAUUCGCGGAGGACGAGGACUCAACGGACGACGAGGUGGAACAGUUCUCGACGGAUAGCGGUGGCGGUGGCGGAGAGGGCACGGAGCUGGCCAGCCGGCCGGCGCCACCGCCCCACCCCCGCGCCCGCGCCGCGCUCUCCACAGAGACCCCCUUGUAGGUCCUGCGAAUGUUACGUGUUAUUGACGUGUUAAAAUAUCGACUCGAUCGAAUCUCAUCCCGUAGUGUUAGCGACAUAUCACGAAAUUUUAAUUCGACAUAUCAUUUUAAAGAGACAAAGAUAUAGUUAUUGGUUACUCAUAUUUACAAAAUUUAAAUUAACUAUUUAUCAUUCCAAACAAUUUCGGUGAAAAAUACCAACGAUAUGUUUCACCGAAAAUAUUUACGAGAAUUCGAUACACAUUCGAUCGCGAUAUCGGUCUAAUAAACCUAACGAUAUAUUUCGUUACUCUAAAGCUUUAACGUAAACUGGAAGCAACGAGUGCGUCGAUAUUUUAAUAUGUGUAGAGCAGAACGUGUGUAAAUAGUUUGUUUUGUUAAUAUUGAUGUUUCGCGAUGUUGAUGUUUCAGACCGUGAUAAGAUUUAUUUGUAGGUGCAUCGUGUACGCGGUAUGGGAUUGUUGGGCUUCGUGAGAUUUAUUAGCUAAACUGUUCUUUUAUUCCACCUUCUCGGCUAAACUACGUCGUUAUUGCCUCGGCUCGGUGACGAUAUUUCCUUUCCCCGUAGUGAACCUUAGGGAUGUUAUAUAUAGAGUGUAAUAAGAAAUAAAACCUUGAGUCGUCCUAAAGUAGAUAAGAAUGUAAUGUCUGUCUAAGCGCACAUGCUAUAUUAUAAGUAACGGCAUUUUUUACGUUCCUCUCGUAACUAAUUCAAGCGUUCGACUGCUCUAUCUAUAAUAUCUCAAUGGGUGUAGCGCUCCAGGCUCACCGGAUAUAUUUAUUCCUUGUUUACAGCUAAUCGGUACGUGAGUGCGGCGGUAGUUCCGCCUUCAUAUUUCACCGUUUAGUGUUCUUUUUUAAAAUACUGGGUAAUAGAAAGAUCUACCGAAUUAGAACUUUUAUAGGCACAUAAGUACAUAAUAAUUAGGACAUUAUAGUAUCUGUAUCUUAAAAUUUUUACUCAUGUACAUAAAUGAAAUAAUAUUUUUACGAUACACCUAACCGAUCGCCUAAUAAUUUAUAAUGAUCGAAUUGUAACAAACGAAACUAUAGUUUACUAACUCUGCUUAUUUUAUGCUUUACCUAGCAUUUCUGUAACUUUUUUUAAAGGUGAGUACAAACCAGUGUAAUACGAUGUAACAGUUGUUGACUAUUUACGGUAUUUGUUUU